AUGACUCGCUCAGUCUUCUCCAACCUCGGGUUUAUCGGCUCUCUGGGGGUCCUGCUUCUGACGAUGGCCAGUUUGAGUUUGAGCAGUCCCAUCAGGUCUCUGAAGAACCAUCAUAGAGCAUCAGUCAGGAGGGAUGUGGUUGAUAACCAGCUGCUUGAGGCGCAGGACUUUCUGAGCCAGUUCCUGUCAACAAUAAACCUGACAGAGCUGAGGCCCCCACCCGGGCCCCGUGCUGCCCGUAAGGAGCCACCAGACUACAUGCUGGAGCUGUACAACCGCUUUGCCAACGACCGCACUGCUGUGCCUUCAGCCAACAUUGUGCGUAGUUUCAAGAAUGAAGAUCCCUCUCCCUAUAGAAUAACACCUAGGGGUGUCAGGAUAUAUUCCCUGCUUUUUAACAUCUCAAUGCACCACCAUGAGCACAUAAUGUUGGCAGAGCUUCGACUAUUCACCCUGAUCCAGACGGCACAAAUACCAUAUGCUGGCAUUGACUGCAAGGUGACCAUCUACAAAAUCCAUGAGGACCUAGUUUGGACAAAAAAGGUGUCAAGAGAAGGGAGAAGGAGGGAUAAAGAGGAGGUGGUGGAGAUGGAUGAUUUGGAGGAACUGGUGACAAAGCAUAUCCAUGCCAGAGAUAACAGCUGGGUGUCGUUUGACCUAACUCACGUGGUUACACUCUGGAGGAAGUCAGGGUGUGCAAAUCCCAGACUGGAGGUUCAUGUAACAGGUCUAGGGUCAGAGGUUGUCCAGGAGGGUGGGAGCUCAGUUGAGAUUGACAUUGAAAGGAGUUUGGAUGGGAAACACAACGCAGUGAUGAUUGUAUUCUCAGAUGAUCAGAGCAGAGACCACAAACAGGAUGAACAAGAGCUGAAUCAGAUGAUCGAACAUGAGAAUGACCCUCCUGAAAAUGAGGGCAGGGGCCGACACGCUUUCUGGAAUAAUCCCAACACCGACCACCCUAACCAGGAUGAGCUGGACAAGGAGUCUCUCUUGAAACUGCAGUCCAACCUUAUCUACGACACGCCUCCCCGAAUCCGUCGCAAUGUUAAGAGCGAGCCAUGCAAAAGGACCCCGCUCUUUGUGGAUUUUAAAGACAUUGGCUGGAAUUCAUGGAUCAUCCAGCCUCUUGGAUAUGAGGCAUAUGCGUGCAACGGCGUGUGCACCCCGACCCUGACCUCCGAGGUCUCGCCCACCAAACAUGCCAUAGUACAGACACUGCUGAGUGUUAAGAGUCCGGAGAGAGCAUCGCGUGCCUGCUGUGUACCCACUAAGCUGGAGCCCAUCUCACUCCUUUAUCAUGAUAAUGGAGUGAUCACUUUCAACCAUAAGUACGAGGGCAUGGUGGUGGCAGAGUGUGGCUGUAGAUAG